UUCUCCAUUCUCCAUCACUCUCUAAUGUUCUCUAAUCUCUCCUCUUCUUCCAUUCUCUCUCUACUGUUUCUGCAAUUCCUGCUUCCUCUUUCCUCUCCUGAUUGGUUUCCGAUUUGAUUGUAUGUGUUCCAAUAAUCCCUUCUCGCUGAUUUCAAGGGUUUAUACCUUGGACGCUCGCGUUUUUUUGUUGAUUCUUACUUCUUGAUGCGUGCGGCGAUUGGAUCUUGGAUCUGGACAUGAAUUGCGGUUAUUAUUGCGUUGCAUGUAGAAUUAGGACGUAGUGGAGUUGUAACCGCUAUUGGUCCUGGAUGAGCCAAGAUGUUGUUCAGAUCAAAGAUCAAAUGGAUUGCUCUUUUCGUUCUUGUCUUGUCUUUGGCAUCCCUGCUGCUUCACCUCUCUAUCGCUAAAUCCUCGAGCGUAAGUUUGGUGUAUAACACCCAGAUGGCCAGUUUGCUGAAUUCUUCAAUUAUUGGUGGGCAGGGUUAUAGGAGCAAGAAGUUGUGGGGAGCUGUGAAGCCAUUAGCUUCGUUGCAACCCUAUACUAACUCCCGAAGUAGCUAUCGUGCUCCAAGUGAACAGAGUAAUGGUUUCAUAUAUGCAAAAAUAUUUGGUGGUUUUGCAAAUAUCAGAUCAUCGAUCUGUGAUCUGGUCGCUAUAUCCAGGCUACUAAAUGCAACUCUAGUCCUCCCUGAGAUUCAAGAAAGUAGUCGCGCAAAAGGCAUCAGUGGCAGAUUCAAGAGCUUUUCUUAUCUUUACGAUGAAGAACAGUUCAUAUCUUAUCUAAAAAAUGACGUAUUCGUCGUAAAAAGUUUGCCCGAUAAUUUGAAGGCUUCAAGGAAAAGAAAUGAAUUCCCCAUAUUUAAACCCAAAAGUUCAGCCAUUCCUAGCUAUUAUCUUCAGAAAGUUCUUCCAAGCUUGAAGAAUGCAAAGGUCAUUGGCUUGAUUCUUAAUGAUGGUGGAUGCCUGCAGUCGGUCCUUCCUUCUGGCAUGUCUGAACUCCAGAGGCUCAGAUGCAGGGUUGGCUUCCAUGCACUUAACUUCCGGCCAGAAGUUCAGAUGCUUGGGAAGAAAAUAGUUCAAAGGUUACGAGCUUGGGGCCAACCAUUCUUAGCUUUUCAUCCUGGAUUAGUUAGAGAUACUCUGGCAUACCAUGGCUGUGCUGAACUCUUUCAGGAUGUGCACACGGAACUCAUACAGUAUCGUAGGGCGCAGAUGAUCAAAAAAGGGAUUAUCAGGGAAGAACUAAGCGUAGAUUCCCGCAAACGGAGAGAUAAUGGUACCUGCCCUUUAAUGCCUGAAGAGGUCGGGGUUCUCCUUCGGGCAAUGGGAUAUCCUACCAAAACAAUUAUUUAUGUAGCAGGGUCUGAAUUGUUUGGUGGUCAGCGCAUGCUGAUCCCUCUACGUGCCAUGUUUAACAAUGUGGUUGAUCGCACUUCUUUUUGCAACAAGGAGGAGUUGGAUUCCUUGUUUGGACCUGAGACCACUCUUCCUCUUGAUCUUUACCGACCGCCUCCUUCUAAAAGUAAGCAACAACUGAAAGAUGAGUGGAACAAGGCUGGUCCUCGUCCAAGACCUCUUCCUCCACCUCCAGAUAGACCUAUCUAUCGUCAUGAAAAAGAAGGAUGGUAUGGUUGGAUUACUGAGACUGAUAAAGAACCUGACCCAUCACCAAUGGAUAUGAGAUUACAAGCCCACCGGUUGCUUUUGGAUGCUCUUGAUUACAUGGUUUGUCUUGAAGCUGAUGCAUUCUUCCCGGGUUUUAACAAUGACGGUAGCAGUUGGCCUGAUUUUUCAAGCUUGGUCAUGGGACAACGACUGUACGAGAGUUCUUCAUCUAGAACGUAUCGACCUGACAGGAAACACCUGGCAAAUCUUUUGAACAGUAGCCGUGAAAAUUUGUAUCAUCCGAUGCACAACUGGACACUUUUAGUGCAGGAGCAUCUCAACAAGAGCUUGGGUGAGGAAGGCCUGGUGAAGCAGGCCAUCUUCUCUAAGCCUACGUCGUUUCUCUCACAUCCGCUUCCAGAAUGCUUCUGUAGAAUAUCUUCUGUUGAAACUCCUGACCAUCUUGUGAAGGAGAACGGAAAAACUGUUUACGGGGACGAAGAGAAGUGCCCUGACUGGAUGUCAGAAGGUCGAAAAAUCGAAUCAUUGGACUUGGCCGAGGAAGGGGAUAAUAAAGGGGAUGAGGAUAUGGAAUCAUCAGAACAAGCAGAGUCUUAUUACAACAGUGGUAAAAGCUAUUUGGAUAAUCUCAUCGACCAGGACGAGGAAAUGGAUCCCAAUGACUAAAAUCUGGUGAGUAGAAAUGAUACGAUGGUGGUUCGGAAAUGAGAAAUUUUUUUGUGUAGAGGAUAGCAGCGUUUAUAGAAAAUAUAGUACAUGCGAUUCAUGAACAUUUUCCUCCAAUAUUGAAAUCAUCAAGAAAAGUAUAGUUGUAUCAUUUUUUUUCUUUUCCUUGUCAAAGAAAUUUAAAAGUGUGAAGUUGUAGUAUGUUCCAAACAAAUAUUUUCCAUAUACAAGUAGUAUAUAAUUCUUUACAUUUUAUA